AUAUAAAAAAACUAUAAAUGAACAUUGUAUUUGUUUGAUGGGAUGCGUUAAGCAAAUGGGUCCCAUUGAGAGUCGUUUGGACAUCCGGUUCAGGUUGUAUAUAUGCAUAUUGGGGAAUGGUAAUGCCGCAGAAGUGACUCGAAAUGCUUCGCCUGCUGACUUGGGUUCUGAUACUUAUACCAGCUUAUCCAGCUGCCGAUCCCCUUUGCUCUCAAAGGCCGGAUGUAACUGCAUUGAAAAACUGUUGCAAGCUGCCUCAUCUGGACCUCUCGAGUUUCAACUCCAAGUGCAGUCAGUAUUUGAUCAAUGGAGCCCAUAUAUCACCUUGCAGCUUUGAGUGCAUCUUUCAAGCGGCGAAGGCAUUGAACGGCACACAGUUGGAUAUAGAUAAUAUCGAAAAGAUGUUGAAAGCCGUUGUGAAGUCUGAUGAAUUCGUGCACGUGUAUGUGGAUGGAUUCAGGAGCUGCGGUACUCAGGAGGAGGUCCUGAUUAAGACCCUGAAACGCCGCCGAGUGCCCAUCACCGGAAAAUGUGGCUCCAUGGCAAUAAUGUAUGGUCUGUGUGCCCACCGAUAUGUAUACCGCAAUUGCCCGGAAAGGUUUUGGAGCAAGAGUCCCAGCUGCAAUGAGUCCCGGGAAUACAACAUUCGCUGCGACGACUUAUAGUAAAUGGGA